AUGUCUUCGUCUGCUGAGCAAGCUCUCACACUCCCGCCGACGGUACAGCCACGGACACUUCUCGACCUCCCCCCCGAAGUAAUGCGCAUGGUUGCGGAUCAUCUCAAGGAUUCAGAGUUGAACUCUCUGGCUCGGACAUGCAAUGCGAACUACACCAAAUGCAAUUGGGAGCUAUACAGGAGGGAUUCCAAAUCCCUCAACCCCCAAGCCUUGCUCUGGGGUUUUCGAAGGGAAAGGUCGCCCUGGACGGCUCUGCACUUCGCUGCCGUGUUCAACCAAGUCGAAGCUACCAAGUUUCUCCUCCAACACGGAGCCGAUGUCAAGGCCGUCUGCCCCAGAGACGGCUACUUUGUCCUCGCAGAUGUCAAUGAUCCACUCCCACGCCCCCCUCUCUUCACAGCGCUUAAGACGAAAAGUGAGGAUGUCGCUGAGGUUCUUUUGAGCCAUGGUGCCUCGCCUCUGUGGGCUCCUCCCGGUACCGGCAGGCACGCGAAGGAGACAGCCUUGUAUUUGGCAGCUCAUCUCGGUAUGUGGAAGCUCCUGGAGCUCAUUGUCCGCGCGGGAGUGGAUGUCAACGCGGGUUGUCAUGUUGAUGAUGUACCCAGAUGGUCAACGGACCCUGCUGGAAAGUCCAUCCUUCGAAAGCUGUGUUACAAUCCGCGAAAGCCCACAGAGAAGGUAAUCACCGAGCUCGUCAGGUUGGGCGCGAAAGCAACUGUACGAGAAAUUCCAGGACGGACGAACAUGGUUCACCUCCUCCUUCAACUCAUCACAGGUACUGGACAAGGCAGAGCGACCGAGCCUGAUUGGCCCCUCGCAAGCAUCCUGCUAAGGACAGGAGCCUGUGACGGGACACUGGAGGAAAUCGAGGUUCUAGCAGCGAUCCAGCUAACCUUGUUUCCGAGGAACUGUCCCUACACCCCGAACCUCACCAGGCACACUCUCUCCAUGUCCAAUCUCACGUAUUUGAACAAAAAUCCCCGUGCAUACUCGAUCAAGGCAUGCCUGGUCGGAACCCGAUGCAAAUGCAAGGAGCUUAAAGACCGGUACCCCGAGAAUGAGCCGAUAAACGGGAGGAAAUGGCAGACCGAGCUGCUCCAAGAGCUCGUGAAUUUCCAAGUCCGUUUUUAUGGUCGGGAGAGGCUUGAUGCCGCGUUACCCUUUCUCACUGAGACCGUGCUAACGUUGUUAGCGCGUCACCGGCAUCGGAACACAGUCGCUCUGGACAUUUGGCUUGAGUUAAUGCCGGACGACCACAAGACCAAAGUCGUCAAUGUUCGACGCCAGACUGCUCUGCAUAUCGCCCUGAAUAUCGAUAGCUUCGACGAAAAGCUAUGGUACGUUGAGGGCAAGCCUACAAAGGAUAUCGACAGAGCCUUCGAUCAACAGCAUGAUGUCCUCUUUUACCUCCUCGAGCGAUGUACAUCCGAAGAGCUGCUGGCCCAGGAUGUCAAGAAGUGCACCCCGUUGCAGCUUCUUCUAGGCGCACUCUACUGGGGCCAAGAUGAAGAGUACUACAGCGACUACGGCGCGGACCUUGCUGGCCCUGGCAACAAGCCUCUUGAACCCUUUUCCGAGGACGUUUGGGCCAGGAAGUGUUUGGCAUUCGUCGAGAGGAUGCUAACGGAGAUCCCUGAAAUGUCAGACUCUGUCUAUUGGCGAGUUGUUGGGGAGCUUCACUGGCGUCGCUGGGAGCUUAGCUGCGAGUCCGGCCUCAUCUAUCUGGGCAGAACGGGAGGCCGAGGGAGGGUGCCACACUAUUUUCCGAGUUUCAAACCUAGAGAUGGGGAGGUGAAACGUCCAAUCCCUCAGAACUCUCCCUUAUUGCCCACACCAGCUAAAACUACAACGGCAGCAGAGUCCGCACCGCCUGCUGAAUCUACACAAGCAGAAGAGCCCAUGCCGCCAGCAGAGGCUACGCAGCCAGUAGAGCUGCCAACCAGGCCAGACAAGCACGCUCUACCAGACGAGCCGGUGGCGCCGGAAAAGCGACAACGGACAACGGAGUCCCAGGCAACGGCAGAGAACACCACCACCGAUCAUUCUGUGGCAGAACAGCCGCAUGCGUCGCCGUCGACACCAGUCUCUUGGGAUGAUCUUGACUUCGAAACGUUAAUGGAGAACGUCCAAGAGGAGUACCACAACGCCUGGUCAAAUUAAGUGUGUGAGGGCAAAGGAAAAACGGUGAUUGAACUUCCUGUUGGGUUAUGUAUUGUUUUUGGGGCUGGCUUGGCAAUUGGUUGAGGAAGUACUGAUGAAACUCGGAGCAAUCCACCUUUUGAAAGGUGGUUUGGAUGUUGUUGAAAGGUUGUUCUUUAUUAUGGAAGGCCUCUUCGAGCCGCGUGCCCAGCAAAAGUGCUUCCUCAGAC